ACAUCAGAUAUAGACCGGUGAGGAAUCACCAUCACCAGAAGCAAAUAAAAAGCAGUGAGGCAAAGGACGUUUCGCUCGAUCGUAGUGGGAAGGUCACGACGUUAACAAGUUGAGGUUUUUAAAGUAGCUUCUUUAAGCAAGAAGGGGGAAAAAAAGAAAAGGAACUGAGCUGGCGAGUUUGCCACAUAUGUUCCGAGAAUCAAUUGGGCCUUUGAUGAACUAAAUUUGAAGCCUGCUGAUUCUUUCAAGCUAAGUUCCAUGAGUUCUCCAUCAACUCAACUUGUCAUCUCAAAAAGGAUGGGCAUAUAUGAGCCAUUCCAGCAAGUUAGCAUGUGGGGGGACAACUUUAAAGUUGAAAAUAGCCUCAAUUCAGGUCCUUCCCAGAUAUUCAUGGUGAACCCUAUCACAGAGCCCAAGGCUGAGUAUAUUCCCCAUGAGUCAACUGGACCCUCGGGAGAUGAUCAAGAGACCAAUACUGCUGUCAGCAAGGUGCUAAGACGCUUACAACAAAAUCGGGAAGCAGCUCGAAAAAGUCGUCAAAGGAAAAAGGCCUAUGUCCAACAAUUAGAAUCAAGCCGUUUGAAGCUCAUGCAAUUGGAGCUAGAGAUUGAGAAAGCAAAAAAGCAGGGUCUGUAUAUGGGCGGAGCAGUAGAUGCUACUUAUAUAGGAUCAUCUGGAACAAUAAACCCAGGGAUUGCCGCUUUUGAGAUGGAAUAUGGUCAAUGGGUUGAAGAGCAACACAGACAAAGUGCUAAACUUAGAAACGCAGUGCAAACUGAGUCAUCUCCUGGGGAGCUCCAUCAACUGGUUGAGAGUAUCUUGAAUCAUUACUCAAAUCUUUUCAGGAUGAAAGCUGACGCUGCAAAGGCUGAUGUCUUCUACUUAAUCUCUGGAGUUUGGAAGGCAUCCGUGGAACGCCUCUUCCUCUGGAUCGGAGGAUCCCGCCCCUCUCAGCUUCUUAAUAUCAUCGUGCCACAGGUGGAGAAUUUGACGGAUCAACAGAUAGCGAGUUGCACCAAACUCCGGCAAUCUUCUCAGCAAGCUGAAGAUGCUCUUUCACAAGGACUGGAGAAACUGCAGCAGAGUCUGGUCCACAACAUGGCAGCCGAUGCAUUAGGAAGCUUCGGGUUUCCGAUGACUUCUGCCAUGGAGAAAAUCGAAGCACUAGAGGGUUUUGUAAGCCAGGCAGAUCACCUUCGACAACAAACCUUGCAGCAUAUGUCUCGGAUCCUGACAGUCCAGCAAGCAGCUCAAGGCUUGCUGGCCUUAGGCGAAUACUUUCAGCGUCUUCGUGCUCUUAGUUCUCUUUGGUCAGCUCGUCCAAGCGAUCCUACGUUCCAAACUUGAGGAGCUUUCUGAAGGAGAUCAGUGAUCUGCUCGAUCGCACCGCCUCAAUAACAGCUCUAGCUGUUGAAUCAGUGGCAAUAUAAAUAUGGUUUUGUAGCUUUUGCAUGAGUUUUGUUGUGUGUACCUCUAGUAACCCUGAAGCAAAAUUUAGGUAACACGUCGCUCCUGAGAUGCUCAUGCUUUGUACAUAGACUUCAUCAUUAUCUUCUACUACCAGAAGUGAUAACGUGUUUAUUAAUAUUAAAAAAGAAAGGAGAGAAACACUCUCAAUUCAAAACUA